AUGCAUCUAAUCAGCAUCCUCACCACAGCGCUCCUCGCGUCCAACCCGGUUCUCGCACAGCUUCCUUCGCUCCGGUCCUCGUCAAGUGCCGCAAGCCUAGCGACGCAAUUCACAACGGCAACAGCCCCAACUACCCAACCUCCAUUCCCUCCUUCGCCCAGAGCCGCCACCGUAACGAUCACCGUCUCCAGCUGGAUAACCCAAAUAGUCACAGUCACGGAUAUCGAUACCAUCAUCGAGACCAUCACAGUCUGGGUUCCGCCCCCUCCUCCGUCCACGACAUCGAGCAUCCGCUCGACAACGAGCUCAUCGGCGGCGUCUUCGCGCGGCACUUUCACCACAGCCCCUCCCGCUCUGGAGCCGACGCAGACCAAGUAUGGGCAGUGCGGCGGGUCGAGUUAUGUUGGCGCUACGAAGUGUGCGGCUGGGAGUAGCUGCAGUGUCUUGAAUCCGUGGUAUUACCAGUGUUUGUAG